AUGAGUCUGGCGGUAAACGCUAUGGACCACGUCUCACCGGGACUGGAGUCCACAGACCUCAUGGGACCCAAGGGGCUUAAAGGCGUGGCGCCUAUGGACGUGGUGGAUUUAGCUAUGGCAUCGGGCGUGGCGCCCAACGUCCCGAUCUACCGGCCAGUUCAGUCUUGGGAGCGUCGCACAGUUUGUGGGCUGCGUGAGUCAACGGGGCGGAGAAGGACGCUGCCAGAAAAUCUGAACACGCAAUUGAUGCUGGACCGGAGGAUGCGGGGUAUGUUGGGUGAGACGCAGUGGCAGCGGUUGGAUUCGUUCACAACUGGUGAGUUGAAACAGUGCAGCGUGGCUUACCUGGAGCUGGCGUACACCAUGUGCGUACACUUGCGGCUGCCGCUCGGGAGCGUAGAACAGGUAGUCCGGAUUGCCGUGGAACGAAUAACCGGCUUCUCGGCCGCCGGGGGCUCCACCUGGCUCACCGGCUGCCUGCUGCAGCACGCAGGCGCCUCGGUCCGCCAACUUGUCGAGUUCUGCGUUAACACGUUCACCCACGUCACGCCCUCGCUCGUCCGAAAACGACGUACCUACUGCUGUCUACGCAGCGCCUGGAUGACCCCCCGCGAACUAGUUGCCGUCCCCGCCGGCAACCGGGCCGAACUCGUCGAUGACAUCGUCAAGCGGCUCGAAUGCGCUCCAGUCAUCACUCUCGAACAAUUCUCUCAAAGAGAAUUGCCGCGCAGCCGUGCCACCUCGGCGCCAUCUUCGCCUUCUCCGACCGGGACGUCUUUCCCGAUCAUGACUCCCUCCCCGAUCAGCACUCCCUCCCCGACUGGGACGCUUUCCCCGGUCGGGACUCAUUCCCUGAACGGGAUUGCGGCGGCACACGCAGCUCUGGGCAUCGCUAUGGAGACGGACACCGUCACGGAGACGGACGCCGUCAUGGAGACGGACACCGCCAUGGAGACGGACGCCGUCAUGGAGACGGACGCCGUCAUAGAGACGGAGACCGCUGCGGCGACAGGAGUGGCACGGGAGCCAUGCCCGUUGCAGGUUGUAUAUGUGCCUCGAAUUACGUUCGCAGGGAAGGGGCCUCCGUUGGGUGAUUUGACCUUGCACCGCGUCUGUUCGGAAGGAGGCAAGCGUGUGAAGGUUGAUAGGAGCGCGGGCGACGACGUGAUGGAGGACCUUUUGAGUGGAGAACAGUGGCGAGAGAUGGCAGAGAUUGAGGGGUCAGAUUUGGAGCAUUGCAGCUACGCUUAUUUGGAAGCAGCUCACUUGCUAAAUCACUUCGUCCCAAACCCACUAGGAGCUGUAAGUUUUCUACAGGAGACACCAUGUUCGGAGUGGGCAGAGGCGAGUGAAGUGGAUCGCUCGAUCUGGGUUACGGGUUGUCUGCUUAAGCGUUCGGAGGUGGAGCUUGAACAUCUUGCGGUAUAUUGUGCUCGCACCUUUCGCUAUUUCACACCCUUCCUUUUCGGACGUAGUAGCACGCCGGACUGCGUUAGCGGCCGGAUGCUUGUUCGAGACGCCAUGUGCCAGCCUGCGGCGCGCAUGCGAGUAAUCGGCAAGACCCUCAAGAACCAACUCAACCAGCUUCAACUUGCCCAGUUGCUUCCCCGAAUCCAACCUCGUUGCACAACGUCGAUCCUUGGCCUACCGCCGAGGAAGGACUUACCCCCCCCAGCCCAGCCUCUCCUGCCUGCCAUCGACAACCCGCCACCUGCUGAAGAGCUCAGCCAGCUCCGAACCUUGGCCGCCAAACGCAAAGGUUGGUAA